AUGCAUCUGCUUUGUUCCGUUUAUCAACGAACUCAUAUCAAUCACCAUAGUCUGGCUCAUCGGAAUGCCAUAUACUGUCUUCAGUUUGACCAAAGAGGGGAAUACCUAUUCACGGGUUCGGACGACUACACUAUCAAAAUCUGGUCGUUCAAUGCCGCAAGCAAGAAGCCCUGUGCAUUGCGUCAUACUCUACGCGGUCAUGUUGCCGAAAUUAUCGAAUUGACUGUAUCUCCAGACAACCACCUCUUGGCUUCUGUGGAUUCCAACUGCUGUCUGGUGAUGUGGUGUCUUCGGACCGGCCAACCGGUUGUAGCGUUCCGUGGCUGUCGCGCAAAUCGUGUCAUCUCCGGGAUGACAUUUGUGAGUGUUCCACGGAAAGCGGAAGCUGGUCAAAACGAAGCGUCACCUGGUUUCCAUUGCCCACCCAGAAGUGGCAAAGAACAGCCUACCGGCUGGUUAGCUAUUACCUCCUUCGGUGGAUACUUGCACUUCUUGCCCUAUCAGCAUGAACUUCAUGCGGAUUUCGGCGUGGCAACUGGUUCCAAUCGUUGGGUGUGUUGUAGCGUAAAACUGCUACCUACUAUUCGGUUCAUCACUGGGGUCGAAGGUACUCCCACUGCGUUUUGGCCAUCGGUCGUGUGUAUGGAUAUCAGUCCCGGUAACCUUCUGUUGGCCACUGGUUGCUCAGAUCAGUAUAUCCGCUUGUACCAUUUUCUGUCUCCAUCAAAGCCCACACCUUCUUUUACGCUUCGAGCACAUGAGGAGAGCGUCAAUAGUGUGGCAUUCAGCCAUUCUGGACUAAAAUUGGCCUCUGGCAGUUCGGACGGUGGAAGCUGUUGGCUCUGGCGUUUUCAAGCCGGGAAGUGGCGUAGUAUGGUGCUGAGUUUUCGCAAACGCAUCAAAUGUCGCCCGUGUUUACUGACUUGGUCGAAGAACGACCGGUAUUUGAUUGCCUCAAUGAAAAACGGAUCAGUGUAUGUCUACCUCGGAGAUAGUGGCCACCUGUACACUAUAAUUGAAGCCCAUGAAGGCGCUGUCCAUGCCAUGUCCCCAUCACCUCUGGACGAUGAAUUUCUAGCAACCGGAGGCGUGGAUGGGCGUUUCCAAGUUUGGAAUAUCAAACAGCAUCACGAUAUUAUGUCCAAUGAUUCGUCAAAUUCAGACAUAUUCACACCAGUUGAUUCUUCCCUGUCGUCUCCUUUACUGUGUUAUUAUCGUUAUCCACCAUCGGAGGUCGAUCCAGAUCACGGUCUCAUUUGGCAUCCGUUUGAGCCCAGCGACAAUCUACCCAUUUGGCAGAACUCAGCAAUCCAUAGACGAACUCAGAGGGAGCAAACCCACGUAGCUCAGUCAGUUUUCAGUGUACGUGCUUCCAUGAGUCAGGGUGGACGCGACGUACCACUCCUAACUCCAGGCUCCACUCAAUCCCAAUCGCAGCGUCCGAUUCCACCGACACCCUUCAGACAUCAGCGCAUUACGGCUUGUCGUGCUUUCCCCGCAUCUGAGGGAACCGGUUUUCUUGUGGUCACGAAAUCGGGUUUAUUGUCUGUUUUCGGCACGAAUGCUUCGAACGGUAGUCGUACUCGACCCCAAUUGGAAAUGUCUAGAAAUCCUUCUAUGAUUGAUCUUGACUCUGAUAUGUAUGCGGUGGAUGAACAGUUUUUCCACUGGGAAUUGGACACUGCGGAGUGGAGGGAAGUCACGAUGGAGACUGAAGAUGUUCAGACUGUCCAAACGACACUUGCGCUUGGAUCUCCUGCAGCUCCACAGUCUGUUCUCGGGCUCGUUGGAGCACGUUACGAUCGCAACGGUAGAAGCACAAGACCGAAUCCUGAAAGUCGCGUAGCUUCCAUUCCAACGAGAUCCUCUUCAACUCAGCAGACAACACCAUCUAGUGUGCGAGGACUUGGUGGGCGCGCCAAUUCUGUCUAUCGACCACCAGUUGGAGUAUGUUUUGAAGUUAUCCAUGCACCAAGCCGCGUUCCGUUCCAUCGGCUCCCGCCCCCUUACUUGACCACGCUGCGUGGGGUUCCAUUAUGCCUCGAAUACCAGCGAGCAGUUCCAGGACGAAACCACUUACAUCGGCCCCCAGACCUACUCCCAUCUGUAACAGCCGAUGAUGAGCUCGGGGAAGAUAUGGUUAUUGAUGACAUACAGUUUUGUUCUGAGGUGCCUGCUGAUUAUUGCCCAAGCCCACUGCAGUCAAGAACACACGCCAUUCAGGGAAAGCACUAUCUGUGGCAGUCGGUUUGGUUGAAUCCCCUAACUCCACUAAUCCAGCCACUUUCCGCCACGGAGUUAAAAUAUCGCCUCGAGGAACAAAAAUCACUAUAUGAAGAAGAGUUCAAGUUUUUCGUUGGCAACGGUGAUUCUCGUGUCACUUUUGGAGAUGAAUUCAUCACCUCGGUUUCCAAUCCGGACCAGUGUGUUUUUAUGCAGCCGGCAGUCUGUCCCGGACUAUUUUCCCUGAUCGAAUCGGGUACCUUAUCUCAAACCUCGUCGCUUGAGACCCUGAGUAGAAAGGAUUGCAUCGAGGCUACCGGACAACCAGGUGUAGAAAAUCCAGCUGUUUUGAAUUCUGCGAAUUCUUCGUUACCAUUGGCAUCCGGUGAUACUACUGCACCUGAAACAGUGAAUACGAACUUUGCGCCCAGUCAGUCAAUAGAUUCGGCUCAGGCUAUGUCGGCCAACCUAAAUCAUCUAAUGGAUGAAGAAGCCGCUGUUCUAUCCGAUGAAAAUGAAGACCAGAGUGGCACUUCUGAGGAGUCCGAAUGGUCCCAGAAUAUCGAUGUUGACAUUGGGUGGUGGCACAGACAACAUCGACGAAGACACAGGCGUAACGUGGCAACUGAAGGAGCAGCUGCGAAUCCAAACCAAACUAGACGUGUCACCGUCGCCAGUCGUUCUCGUGGUAAUGGAUCACGACGAAGCGAAAAUCGGAGGACUCGUGUUACAGGCUCUCGAAUGAUUCAGUCCGCUCGGAGUACAACUCGAUGGCGCCGAUCAAACCUAUCGGUCUCCGGUCAACGCCGUCGUUCCGCUCGGCAACAAAGACUAGCCAGAUGCCGAGCGCAGCAGGAUAGGCGUCUGGCUCAUUUGCGUGUGGAGCGAGAGAAACAUUUCACCAAGCUUCGACGCUCUCAACGAACCCACGGGCAGUACUCCUUGGACAGCGCCGGUAACAUUACUCAUGUGUCCAGUCGCCAAUCCUCCGGCCAUGCAGACAUCCAGGUGACCGAACAGUAUCUGUUGAGCUCUCCGAACGGUUCAGAGGCAAAUACAUCAACGGUAUUAGAUACCACAAUGACAGACGGCGACGUUUUAAAAGAAAGACGUGAACGUCUGAAGCGUCGACUAUUGUGCAGUCUCGACUUUCUCCUGAGGACCGCAAACCGGGUUCCUUUGGCGUUCUGCCCCCCUGGUGGUUACACUGGCCCCGACUGUGAGGGACUGACCUAUCCAUCAGAAAACCUCCCAGGAGUUGUGGGGGAAAGGUCCUGGUCAGGACCGCAUUUCGAUUGGCUAUCCACUUACCAUCCUAUACCGAGUCCGUAUGUUCCACAAAUUGGAGACAGAAUCAUCUAUGUUAGACGUGGGCACCAAGAAUAUAUACGUCAGGCUUGGCAAACUGGUCAGCUUCCACAACCGGAUAGCCUACAUUGUGUUUCUUCAACUGUUCGAGGUAAAAGUGAGACAGUGAGUUCUUCAAGUACCUACUCGCCAGAACUUCCCUGGGACAUCUGGCCUCAUAUUCUGGACUACGUUUGUGGUGAAGUUCAGUCGAUUUCCUACACGGUUGUACGCAUUACAACCAAUUCUGAGUGUCAUCCCAACCGUCAUCAUGGCAAACGUCAUAAGUCACCUGGCUGGCGUAAACAACAGCGUGCGCGUGGAGCCACGCACAUUCGGGCGUCAGAUAAACACGCUCAGUCACAUUCUUCGAGUUGUAGCCGCAAUUCGGAUACCUCGGAAACGAAAUCUGACGAGAGUUUUAUACGCCUGGUGACGUUACAUGUCAAACUAGAAUCGGAACAACCGUAUGCUUACCUCGGUUCUGCCGGUUCGUCACGCUAUUCCGGCACACAGCAACCCGAGUGUCUGAGUAUCACUUACCAUGAUGUGGACGGCAUAUUGGAAUUUGUUGUCUUACGACACCUGUUCGACAGGGCGAUGCAGCAUCAUUGGUGUGAGGGUGACCGCUUCGUUUGUCCGGUAGGCACGGCAUGGUGGCGCGGACGUAUCAUAGGUCGCGUGCCUGAAGAACGAAUUCAAUCUGUCACAGAGCCUACGCCGUGCUGUAGUAAAACCAAACUAAAUCAACCGAAUCCGUGGUUGUCAUUGCUUGUCCGAUGGAUGCAGCCUUCUGAAACCGGUCUGGAGCCGUUUACUGCGUCACCGAUGUUGAGUGAACCCGAAUCGACAACGUCGGUCGCUGUUGACCGAUUGAGUCCUUGGGACUGUUACCCAUGGGAUCUAAUCAAUCACCCUACCAGUGUCCCUGAUGAAACAACGGAAAAGAGGACUGUUUCCAUAGAGGACCAGUCUUUGCGCGCAUUGUUUGGCACACCCCGCACUUCGCAUGAGACCAAGUUUGCUUUUCGUGAGUAUGACCUCCAUGGCCACUGCAAGCGUCUUCUGAGUUGUUUUGAUAAGCUUGCUCGUCUCCCUGUGAGUGAAUUCUUCACCGCUCCAGUCGACCUCGCAACAUAUCCAGACUAUCUGUUUGUAAAUCCAUGCCCAAUUGAUUUGGGUUUGAUUAUGGCGCGUCUUAGCACCGGAUUCUAUCGUCAGUCCGCAGCUGUACAGGCCGAUCUUCAGUUACUUCUUGACAAUACAGUACGAUACAAUCAACCUAGUAGCAACAUCGUACGGAAUGCUCGGUUGGUCUAUCAAAUAGCCAGUCAGUUCAUUAGUGAUUCGCGUCUGUCUCAGCGCGACGUUCAACGUCUAUGCUUGAAAUGUGAACGCGAAAUGAAGAGUUCGGAUCCCCAGGCUGUAACUAGUCCUACCACUCAAGUUGAUAUCGAUGUUGCUUCUUUGAGUGGAAAUUCUUCGACCGCCCUCGUUUCGCACGAUAGCCUGGACGAAUUAGAUUCACUUUGUCGGCCUCGGGUUGUCAAUGCCCAAACCCCUCAAUUGCCUGACGAUCCUUCAGAGACUCAAUCCACUGUGAGACCUUUGAGACGUACUAGGUAUCAGCUUCAAUCGCCUACAAGACGUGUCAUUCCUUCUGUUCAAUCUUCUCUUCCAAACACAUCACGUGAAUUUUGUAGCCGUUGUGCUCAUUUGCUACCAGCGAACUGGGUCCCUACGUGUUUGAACCUCAUCAAAUCAUUAACUGCAAAUCAGCACAGCCUGUUCUUUCGUAAUCCAAUUGAUAUAGAAGAGUACCCGGAUUACUUGAGCAUAGUUAGCUGUCCUAUGGAUUUGUCCUCCAUUCAAAAACGCCUCUCGGCUACGAUGAGCAUCGUAAGUCGCCUGCGGCAUCUACGGUCGGUCCCUCAAGGAGCUUAUCGAUGUCCUCACGAGUGUAUCUCGGACCUAAAUCUUAUGAUCUCGAAUUCCAGACUGUAUAACGAGGAUCCGGAAACAGCCGUUUUUGCUGACACUGAGUGGCUACACAAAUGGGUCUCUGAAGUAUUCGUUCCGCAUGUUUCGACCAUUAUCAGCUUACCCAGCUCUUCACUCUCCGAGGGAAUUCAUGAAGCGCCCAGCUUCAGCAACGACGAUAUUCGUCCCCGAACACAACGGCGGCAUACUGCCAAACCUCGACUACGUCAGUCCAAACUAGCCUGUAGGAAGCUUGCCCUUCGAAAGGCUCGAAACACGCUCAUUCGGCGAGGAGCCAGUUCGAAGCGAUUAGAUGAUCGUGGAUAUACAGUUGACGAUCAUCCAACUCCUGACUCUACGUAUCCAAUCCGAACUUCCAGCGGCCGCGUGGUACGCCCUCCUAGCCGCAAUUCGCAGACUAUAUUCUUCCCCGACUGCAGUGAUGGUUCUGAGGACUUUUCGGACCCAAAUGCAUGCUCUGGCACGGCAUCAAAGACAAGAAAACGUCUACGUAGAGCUAUUAAUACCAUCACAACACCUGCAAUGACCUCAUCCGAAUCUUCUACAUCGUCCACAGGGAGGCUUCCUCGAUGGCGAAACAAACGACGACGUCGCACAAGGAUGUAUUUAUAGUAUUUUCUGUCCACUUCAUUUCCACAUUGACUAUGUAUAUAGUGUGAAUAGUGUUUUUAAUCUGGCUUCUCAGUCCGUAUUUUAUCCCCACCCCCUUCUAGACUUUUGUAUAAAAAAACAAUCUUCCCGAAUCUGAGCGUCGAUGUGAUUGUCCUCAUACAUGUUCAUGCCCUGGUGCCUAAUCUGUUCAUAUUUACCUCGUCUCCGUCGUCGUGGAUGGAUUAUCUGAAUUUUUAGAGGUAUCAUCACUAUAAAUAUGGGAUUGUAUGUACAUGGUUUGCUUAUGGAUUGUCG